CCCGUCACAUGGUUAACACAGUGGUAACCAGAAUUGUGGCCACUACGGUAAAAACAUACGCCGCCACUACCCGCUACCGACGUGAUGGUCGCCCGCUACCUUUUAAAUCGUACGUCCGGAACGGCGAUUCGAAAUCACUUCCAACUUCCUUUAAUUCAUCCGCAAUUGCAGAUAAGGCUAUAUCAUAAAAAAGUAAAACGAAGUUUGCCAUUUAUUCCGCCACGAAGUCAAAUACAAUCAAAUACUAGUGCAAUAGCAUCUCGAGGAUUUUUAAGACCACUUAAAGAAUAUGAUCCUCCAAUUGAUAUCCGUGAUACAAUUAAAAAAUUAGCAGAGAGUACAAUCAAUCAAACUAAUUUAUCAUAUAAAUUGGAUACAAAUGAAAAAAUUAGUUUACUAAAAAAAUGUGAACAAAUGGUGGAUCAUAGAGUCCCCAAUUCACUUCUACAUACCGUAAACACCUUAGGUGAAAUAUAUGAAUUCUAUGAAACUCCAGUGGACACAGUUGUGCCUUAUGAUGCACUACAAAAACGUGAACUUCCACCAAAUCUCCACAUACUCUCCGAUUACCACAGGUUCCAUCCUGAAACCGAUAUGAUGUUUGAAGGUGUGUCAGCAUUUCCUGAAACUUCAACUUUAGUCACUGGGUUGAAAACUAAAAAGAAAUAUAAAGGGUUUUCUGCACCAAGGUCUCCUUACUACUAUAAAGAUUAAUGUUUUUUUGUUGUGUAAAUAUUAGAAAAUAUAUAGAAGUUUAUCUCUGAAAAUCAAGUAUGUAAUAUUUGUAUUCGUCUUACCCUUAGUGACUCACACUGGGUAAUAAUUUACCCAGUCCUACAAUGUAGGUGUGUGACUGACGUGGAAAGUUUACCUUAGCCACACUUAAAUGAAGUGUGACUGAAAACUGUGCGCGUUACUAAGGGUUGGAAAAAAAAAUAGUACGAUAUUUAAAAAUUGUAACAAUUUCUAAUAGCAAUUAGCUAAUAGAGGUGUUGAUUAUUGUAUAAAAUUACUUUUAACCUCAAAAGCAACUGUUUAAAAUAGUAACAUGUUAUUAACAAAAAUAUAUAAGAUGAUUUGUUUUUUUUACCAAAUAA